UAUGAGAAAGGUUACCUUUUUAAGAAAGGUUACUUAUUUGGCUGUUGUCAAAUCUAUUUUGGCUGCUUCAUAAUGCUUAUAUCUAUUGUAGCAGUUGCCAUCAACAUAUUUCCUCUGGUUAUGUUCAUUGUUGGUUGGGCUACAUGUAGAGAAGGCACUGAAUAUGAAAUAUCUAAAUUAUGCUAUACACUAUACUUCAAUUAUGACAACAGUACAAAUAAUAAUGACUUCCCUCAGUUUCCUGAACUCGUAUUGAGAGAUUAUAAACGAGAGAAUGAUGUUAAUAAUAGCAUUACUAAACCACUGAUUCAAGACUUCGUUGAUCUCAGUAAGAUAUCACUGCUAUUCUCAACAACAGCUAAUGCAGUAUCUCAUGUAUUGUUCAUAUGGGCACUGUGGUGCCUGUAUAUUAAACACUAUGACAGUUUUAAUGAGUGGCUGUUAAAAAGAUUAAAUUAUUUUAAAAAGAGAUGCUGUGGUGUGACAAGUAAUAAAGGUGAACUGCCAUUAGAUCCUUUUAAUGAUAAAACUGAAGACAGUGAUUUAAUGGGAAUAAACACAACAGAAGAACUUAAAGAACUAUAUAAAGAGAAAAUAAAAAAGAAAAGUGAUUUCUUUCAUACAAAAGAUGUACGUACUAACACACCACUUCAAGGUGAACGAUUGUGCCAUUAUGUAACAUGGUUUAUCAUUGGGUUUACGCUACUUGCUACCACUGCUGGAGUAUUCUUUUGGCUUUAUUAUCAACAGAAUAAAGGUAGAUCAAUAGAACGCAAAUUUAAUUUGGAAAUUGCUGCUGUUGCAAUACAUGUUUAUUCUUUAUUUCGUGUUCUGGUCAGUUGCUUCAUAUUCUCAAAGUUGAUGUAUGGGAUACAGAGAAGAUGUGAAGAAAUAGAACUAUUUGUAUAUCAUAUUAAUGAGGUUUAUAAGAUUAAAAAAAAACGUGCUGCUACUGCUAGUGCCCCAACUACUCCUGCUGUUACUAGACCUACUAGUACCCCAACCACUUCUGCUGCUAGUGCCCCAACUACUCCUGCUGUUACUAGACCUACUAGUACCCCAACCACUUCUGCUGCUAGUGCCCCAACUACUCCUGCUGUUACUAGACCUACUAGUACCCCAACCACUUCUGCUGCUAGUACCUCAACUACUCCUGCUGUUACUAGACCUACUAGUACCCCAACCACUUCUGCUGCUAGUACCUCAACUACUCCUGCUGUUACUAGACCUACUAGUACCCCAACCACUUCUGCUGCUAGUGCCCCAACUACUCCUGCUGUUACUAGACCUACUAGUACCCCAACCACUUCUGCUGCUAGUGCCCCCCCAACUACUCCUGCUGUUACUGUUCAAGAGCUGGUUAAGGUAAACUAUGUACGCAUAUAUCUUGGAAAAAUAGGUUUGCUAAAUGCUGCACAAGGUGAACUCAUUGCAAAAGGUGAUGCUAAGAAAUAUCUUAAGAAGCAUGAUCGACAUUUAAUUAAUACAGCAGUAUCCACACUGAGCUGGCUUCAGCUAUGGUUCCUACUCCACUGGAUACUCCAUAUAAUAUCAACAUUCUUGAUAAUGUCACUACUGAUCGAGGCCAUUGCACUUCACGUGAAAGCAAAAAUAUCUCACAUUGAGCAUGGGGUUGGGUUUCAACCUGGAGAGAUUGGAUUCCUAUUCAUGUACAGUGUACUACACUGGCUCUUUCUACUUUAUCCUUGCCUCAGAGCUGCUAGUGUUACCAGGACAAGACAACGUGUUAUAAGAAGGAUCAGUAGUCAAGAAUAUAAUGCUAUUCCAAACACAGUGAUGCACGAGUUUAUUGAGUCUAUGAAGGAAAGAAAGUUUAGUUUCAGGUUACGUAUUAUGUGUGCUAGUAUUCCUUUUAAUCUAAAUAUUGCUUACAUAUCUAUUGCCUUUGCAUUUAUAAGUGUGAUAGUGACAUUAAUAACUACUGUUACUAAAUAAUGUAUUGAGUGAUUAUAAAACUGCUGUAUUUUAGAAACUGCUAUUGUUAACUUUUGCUGCUAUUAUUAUUAUUAUCAUUAAUGUACUUUGCUACUUUUGCUGCUUUAAGAAAUUAUAAU